AUGUCCUCAAACGUCGGUCUGUCCACACCCCGCGGCAGUGGCACAUCCGGCUACGUCCAGCGCAAUGGUGCCUUCCUCAAGCCGCGCGCCGCAGGCUUCGGUGCACCCUACCCGCCUCUCUCCGGCGCGAACGGCUCAGAUCGCGCGUUUAAGCAGCGCUUGCCAGACAAGCAGAUCCUGGAGCAUGAUCGGCGGCGUGCGAUCGAGGUUACUGUGAUGGAGGAGCGAGAGAGGUUGGAGGACGAGAAUGAGCGGAUGGAGGAGGCUGUGAAGAGAAAUAAGAGCAAGAGUCUGGAUAAGAAGGGCACGGCGCAGAAACAGAAGCCUGCGGAUGACAAGGAGGAUGGCGAGGAAGAUGAAGAUGAAAAUGAGGGGGAGCGCGUACUGAGCGAGGAGGAGAUUGAUGAGCGGUGCGAGGCGCUGAGGCAAAAGCUUCUGAAGGAGAUGGAGGCUGAGGUUGCUGGUGCUGGUGCUGGGGCAAGCGGGAGGAAGGGUGGCGCUGGGCCAAAGGAUCGCAGGCUUAAGGCUUAUCAGGUUCAUGAGUUGGCGGAGGCGAAGAUCCAGGAGAGUGAGCGGUUGCGCCGGGCGUUGGGGAUUCGUGAGGAUCGGGAGACCGGGGAGAUUAGUAGCCGGCGCGGCGAGAGGCGGCGGGAUUGA